GUCUGAUCACGUAUUAGCGCUAAUGAGGGCUAAUCCUAAGCCGUUUCCCGACACACAGGGAAAUGUUUGAUGAUCGAUUCCUCACGCCUUUAUUACACAUUAUCACAUCUGAUUUGUGGACAUAACUGUCUUGGAUGUCGUUGGAGUUACAUCGAUGAUAUUCGUAUGUUCGAUGUUAGCCACGCCAAGAUUGUUUACAUUCGAAACGGAACUUGGAUAUGACAUGUGUGCCUAACUUGAGACCUACGGAUUACAAUCUCAUAUCCCGCAUUCCGCUGAUGAUCAUACACAUCAUUCUGUACUUAUUUAUCAUUUGAACCUACCAACAUGAUCAUGGAUUAUCAAGUCUUGAACCUCCUUGGCAAAGGGGGGUUUGCGUGUGUCUACCGUGCAAGAUCAAAUAAAACCGGGCAAGAAGUAGCCAUAAAAAUGAUUGAUAAAAAAUUAAUGAAAGCUGCCAAUAUGGUAGUGAGGGUUCGAAAAGAAGUAGAAAUUCACUCAAGAUUAAAGCAUCCUGCAGUAUUGGAGCUAUACAACUACUUCGAGGACAGCAACUAUGUGUAUCUGGUGUUGGAGAUCUGCCACAACGGGGAACUACAGAGAUACCUCAAAACCAACUGUAAAGUGCUCACUGAAGAUGAAGCUCGUCAUUUCAUGAAGCAGAUAGUUGAGGGGAUGCUGUACCUGCACUCACAUGGCAUCCUCCACAGGGAUCUCACACUGUCAAAUCUACUUCUCUCCAAGAACAUGAAUGUUAAAAUAGGCGAUUUUGGAUUGGCGACACAGCUGAGUGUUCCGGAUGAGAAGCAUUUCACAAUGUGUGGCACACCAAACUACAUAUCUCCAGAGGUGGCAAUGAGAGCUGCACAUGGUCUGGAAACUGAUGUCUGGUCUCUGGGCUGCAUGUUGUACACAUUUCUUGUGGGCCAGCCACCAUUUGACACAGACGCUGUGAAGAAGACGCUGAAUCGUGUAAUAUUGGCAGAGUACGAUCUGCCGGAACACCUGUCUAGAGAAGCAAGGGAUCUCAUUCAGGGACUAUUACGCAAGAAUCCAAAAGAAAGAAUCCCUAUCCGAGAAAUUUUAAGUCAUCCUUUCAUGACCAACAGUUCUUCCUCAGGCAGCAGGAAAAUUGCCCACAAGUGUCCGGAAGUGUCGAUGGACAGUGGUCGAGGUACAAUGGCUACUGUGAUGUCAGGGAGAUCAGGUUUGUCGAGUAGCCGUAAACCGAUGCCAGCGUUCCCCAUCAAGGAACUCAAGUCUCAGAUCAUGGAGGAUGAAGAACGCUAUGGCAACGGCUACUACAGCAACAUUUCGGACAGUGGGAGUUACACCAGCGGUGGUCAUCAGCAGCUAUUGGGCGGUCAGUCAGCUCACCAGCGUCAUCCCCCAUCACCCCCAGUCAGGCUUCGAGACAGUGAGCGAGAGGCUGAGCUGUACCAGGCUCGUCAGAGCAACCUUGCUAGUCAGCACCGAGUGUUGAGUCACGCCCAACACACCGACAAACCAGUCAUCCGGAAGUACAGCUCCCAAGAAAACAUGUUAGACUAUUCCAAGCGAAACACUGACAAUAUGAUGGCCACCAAGGCCCCCGUGCCCCACCUGUUUGACCCCACCCGGUACCAGGAGGGAUCCCAGACCAACAGCUCCUCCACGUGGUCAUGUGCCUCCUUCCACAGCUCGAGCACGGGGAGGGUCCAGGCCAGUCCGGGGCUCCGAGGGCUCUCGGACACCUGCAGCAGUGCUGACAUUGCACAGUCAGUUAAACCAUAUCUCAGUGCUGGAUCAGAUUCUUCUUCUCAUGAUGGAGACUUCAGUUUACAAAACACGAAACGAGUGUUGACGUUUGACUCGAAACCUGGGAGUUUGCAUGAACCUGAGAAUGUUUCGUCAAGUCACGGUUCUCAGGGCCUGUGUAUUGGGAAUGUUCAGAGUCCGUUCUUGAGGUCAGCUUCUGUUGAGGAGAAGCUGUCAAAUGUGCCCAACUUGCAUGGACCUGUUGAGUUUUCGUCGCCGUAUGGACAGAGGGUUCACAUUUCGGAGAAGGAGGUGAACGCGUGUGCUAAGUCUCAGUCAAUGCAGGAUCUCAUUGGGCCUAGAGGGGAUUCACAUCGACACGGGGAGAAGAGUGAAAAGAAGGAUCGACACAGUCCAGAGACAGUCUCACAACUUAAUGCUCAGAGAUUACGUCCCAUCCGGCAGAAGACAAAGAAUGCUAUUGUAAAUAUUCUGGAGACAGGGGAAGUGUGCCUUGAAUUCCUGAAGAACAAGAAUAAGGUGGAGAAAGUGGUGGAGGUCUUCUCGAUAUCAGCAGAUGGCAGUCAGGUCAGUGUGUAUCAGCCUAACGAGGGCCACGGGGUAGUUGUCACGGACCGACCGCCGUCACCAGAUGAUGAAAUGCUCAAAACAUUUGCGUAUGGGUCAAUGCCAGAAAAGUAUUACAAGAAAUACCAGUAUGCUACAAGGUUUGUCAACCUAGUACGGUCCAAGACCCCGAAGGUCACAAUGUACACUCACAGAGCCAAGUGUAUGUUGAUGGAGAAUGCUCCGGAUGCAGACUUUGAAGCUGUAUUUUAUGAUGGUGCUAAGUUCACAGCCAACAGUAAGGGUAUGAGGAUCAUUGAAAAGGAUGGCACCUCUCUAGCUCUGGAGUCUCAGGCCAUGGAGCAACACCUCAGUUAUGACACAAAGGAAUUACUGGUGUAUGUCAAACAGUGUCAGACACAGUGCAUGGAGCUGGAGUCUGUCAUCAGAAGCCUGCAAAGCACUGGGUGUGGCAAGGACCAUCUGUUCCCCGUCAUCGUCGGGAGGCGCCCACACUCUGGUCUAGGAGACCUCAGCAAGUCUAGCGACAACACAACUGAUACCAGAUCUUCUCAAGACCAUGACACAACCAAGUGUUCUCAGAUGAAGUCACCUCCCAUGAUGACAUCAUUUGAUGGCACAGUUGUAAGUGCUGUGACAGAGGUAGGAAGUCAAUGCACAUCACGGCUGACAACAGGCGACAGACACAAUUCUACUCUCACUUCACAGGCUUCCAUGGCAACCAGCAGCACAUCCUCGGGAACCAGUGCUGAUCCAAGGAAGCCCAACAAGGAUGUCGUCCACCAGAUGUUUGUUCCCAACAUUGGCUGGGGACAGAAGUAUUCAAAUGGGGAGAUUGUGGUGAACUUCAAUGAUGGCACACAGCUAGGGAUGAAGUCGAAUGCUACAACCGUCACCUUCAUCGACCAGCAGGGCAAGACACUCAGGUUUUACCAAAACGACCACCUACCUGACUACGUGAAGUCACGCCUGGAGAAGGUGCCCCUAGUGUUGGAGCACAUGAGGAAGUCGGCCCAGAUGUCGGUUAUAUCCGCGGCUCAGUCCAGGAGAUAGUACUAACAUAGCAGCCGCGACAGUAGUCAACAGAUGCUGUGUUUAGGUCCGCCUGCAUUACUUACACUAGGCACCUCUAGGCUGGGAGGGAAUAACCAAGGGCAUGUUCGUUGUCCAUCAAAUAGCUGUAGAGUAAUUGUGUUAUUAGAAUAUUUGUAAAAAAAGUAUUUAAGAUGAAUUACAUCUGUUUUGACUAUUUAUUUGAGAAUUAUACUCUUUGUUUUCCCUGCAGCUAUUGUUAGUGCUAUAUUUAUUGUAUGCAUCUCUGGCAUUCCCAUCUCCUUGAGUCUCGCAACAAGUGCUCACACACAUUGAAUGAUUUCCUUCCAACUUGGGAACUUUUGUAUUGAGCAGAUUAAUUUCAAAAUUUGAAUGAGGAGCAAAUUUUUGCCUCUUAUAUACACUAGAUAUAGACAUAAGGACAUUUAGCAAAUUGUUAGUGGAUGGGCUUCCAGAUUUGACUGAUGGGUCUGACAUCUAUUUUGCCUCCCAAUUGUACAGAGUUGUGUCUAUGCAGACAGCCGCAUGUGUCUUAAAAGAAAGUGCCAUUGUUCCUGUCUCAGUACGACUGACUUGCUUGAUUGCCGUCAUGAUUGUGAGAUCUGUAUGAUUGUCGAGAUUUGCCUCCGUAGAGUGACUGUCAAGACGUGAUUUGGUGUGACUGUUGAGAUCUGUCAGUAGUUGUGUAUACGCUGUACAUUAGAAACUGUAUUAUAGUGUAUACUAGUGUCCAUUGUUUUGUAUAUAAAGUUGUAUGUAAAUAUGUACAUAGAGUCUGUGCUAGUGUCUGCCAUCUUCCAUUCUCAUCUCAUCAUGUUAUAGUCUUCAAGCAUCACGCUGAGGUGCUGCUGAAAGUGACAAGGGAUAGUCCUUUUACUUAUCCAAUUUAAUCAUUUAAUUUCUAUUACAUUUAUUAUAAUUUCAGUUGAUUUUUAUUUGUCAUAUACUUUUAGGGUGUAUUUGCAUAAGAAUUAUUUAAUCAUCUGAGUUCUUUUAAAGAAAAACAAAAAUUUAUAAAUAUUAUUUAUGAAAUUUGUAUGUUUGUAUCAAUUUUAAGUUUUUAUGAUUUUAAACCUUAGUCUAUACAAAUGUAAUUUUUACGAAUUUUUAAUUGUUAUCUGAAAUUAUUGGUCACUUUCAGAGUUUCUGAUAACCGUUAUAGGUCCAGGACUGUUGAACAUGUUACUGUACACCACAAAGUAGAAAAGUGUUUAAAAGAUCUUGAUUAGAAUGAUAAUAGAUUAUGAUAAUUUUGAGGUUUCUACAACAUAUAUAUAAAGUCGCCUUCAGGUCCAUACACAUGCUGCUGGUAUUUACCCAAGUGGUAAAUGUUUAAGAAUUGCAUCACAACUGAAAUACUGUUUAAAGCAAUGUUAACUCAAAUUCCCUCGCCAAAUACAUGAAUUGUUAUGUUAUGAUAAUGUUUGAAUCAAAGCACCCGCCUUAAAAAAGAAUCAAGUAAUUAAGAUUCCAUGCUUACAUUAUUUUAAAUUUUUGUGUAUUUUACAUGAUGUUGAUCCUGUCACAGCAUAUUCUGCUGUCCAUCAGUAGCGCCUGGUCACAGCCCUGGACCUACAACAGCCGCUGUUACUCUGUUGUUGUUGAACUUGUCAUCUUUUACAACUGCCGAUGCUUCUACAAUAAACUGUUACAGAAAUA